AUGAGCAAGACACAGAAAGUGAUACAAGACGCAGCAUUGAUUUCAUGCGGAGUGUCCGACGGAGUGUAUCGAAUCCCGGAACGCAAUUCUUCCCUCGCUAAUCUUCGAAACGAAGACGAACCAAUGGUUCAGAUUGCAUUGACUCCAAUUGAAAGCCUUCCACCAUCCCCUACUGUCGAUAAGCACAUUACGUUCGAAGCUGUGAGACUAUGGAAAGGGGAACAGGUCUCGCGUUGGUUACAAGAGAAUAACUUUAAAGAAUAUGAGGCUGUGUUUGCUGAAAACGACAUCACUGGUGACGUAUUACUUGAGUUGGACCACCAGCUUUUAAAGGAACUCCAGAUAGCAUCCAUUAGAGACAGGAUCAAAUUAUUAGCGGCUAUUCAUUUUCCACGAUCCCCAGACUAUGAAUUUAAAAUGCCGAAUACUCCCAAUAGGCCAUCUUCUCUAUCGUCUCGUUCAGCUGCUAGUUCACCGCCGGGAUCAGCGCGUCAACCACUUUCUCCACGAUCGCCUCUGAGCACAAAGCGAUCGUCCAAUGAGUUGACACCUUAUGAAAUGAAACAGCGAUUUAUCAAAGUCAUUAGCGAAAAUCAGACAAAAACAAUAGAUCUCAACGGCGUCACGGAUGCAAAAGCUAUAUUAGCAAAGAUAUUGACUAAAUUCAAUAUCAAUGAUGAAGCGGAAAAAUAUUCAUUAUUUACUACGGUCAGCGACACGAGCGCAGCACGCAGUCUGACCGAUGAUGAAAUAGAAGAAAUAUGCAGAGACUCGGCAAGGCCAGAACGUGACUGUCUGGUUCUACGAAAGAAACACAUGCCAAUACGCCACGAAGAUCAUAAAGAGCAAUUAAAGAAAAAGAAACUAGAACAUUUCUUUGGCGUAAAAGCAGAAGAGUUCGAAGGUCCAAUUCCCAGCAUCGCUGUAAAGCUCAAGAAAUUCUUUGGACAGAGACCACCCUCAGAACUCAUUUCGAACAAUUUACCCGAGUACUUUCCUGGACACGACAGUGAAGCAUUACAAAAGAGUGCGAGAUAUUCGACCAUAAGAGCAUCCAGAAUAUCAAGGCGAUCUACGAGUAGAAGUUCUAGAGCAUAUGAUAGAUCAUCCAUGCUGUCUACCAUAUCAUCCUUCACGUUUGUUCCAACCGACGGUGAAGAUACUAUUGGCACUAUGGCUGAGAUAUCCGAUUUCAAGUCUAUCGAACAACCAGAGACUGACAGUUCUACGCUUAUGGAUGACGAUAUUGAAUACUGGAAUUCUGAUGAGGAAGGAGCGGCAGAACCAUCCGCACCUACGUUUAGAUGGAUGAAAGGAGCGCUCAUUGGCAGCGGUUCGUUUGGUAGUGUGUAUCUUGGUCUUAAUUCAGUUACUGGGGAGCUGAUGGCUGUCAAGCAAGUUGAACUUCCGACCGGACAAUCUGACAAGGAGGACAGAAAACAAUCUAUGUUGGAUGCAUUACAAAGAGAAAUUUCUUUCCUGAAAGAACUUCAACACGAAAAUAUUGUUCAAUAUCUCGGAUUUCAAUACGACCAAAACUGCCUCAAUAUCUUUUUAGAAUAUGUACCCGGAGGAUCACUUUCGACGACAAUAAGAAAUUAUGGACCGUUGGAAGAACCCCUUGCCAGAAUCUUUGUGAAGCAAAUUUUGCAAGGAUUGGAUUAUCUUCAUCAGCGCGAUAUCAUUCACAGAGACAUCAAAGCUGCUAACAUACUCGUGGAUAACAAAGGAGUAACCAAAAUUUCAGACUUUGGUAUUUCCAAGAAAAUGGAGGAAGAAAUCAUGAGCGCAACAACGGCACAUCGUCCAUCUCUUCAAGGCUCUGUUUACUGGAUGGCACCAGAAGUAGUUAAACAAACGACUUACACGACGAAAGCAGAUAUAUGGUCACUUGGGUGCUUGAUAGUUGAAAUGUUUACUGGUGAACAUCCAUUCCCUACCUUGCAUCACGUGCAAGCAAUGUUCAAGAUUGGAUCUUCGUGUGCGCCUGAAAUACCAGAGGAUAUUACAAAUGAUGCCAAAGACUUUUUAAGAAAGACGUUCGACCCCGACCACACGAAACGACCAUCAGCAAGUGAAUUACGGAAUCAUCCAUUUGUGACAUCAAACGUAAAGGGAUCUCCGCAACCAUCUCCGUAA